AUGGAUACCUCGAAUUGGAAGAGUCUUUUUCCCAGAGCUACUCUCACUUCACUCCCGGUCCCUAUGUCGGAUCAUGUCCCCUUGCUCAAAUGUGUGAACGUGGUGAAUUCGCUGCCUCAUCGUAGGUUCCGUUUUGAGAAUAGCUGGUGUUUGGAGCCGGAACUUCCUAAGGUGGUUCGCGAGUACUGGACGAACCUCCAUGGUAUUAGCAUCACGGAGAUACUCAUGGCAAUUUCGGAUUCUCUGUCUAUUUGGGCUCGUUAUUUGCGAAAGAAUAAGGUGCGGGAUAAGGCGAGUCUUCAAACUUUAAUUUCUUCCCUCCAAGGAUGUAGAGAUGUUGUUUCUGUUCGACGUUUGAAAGCUGCCUGUGGUGAACUCGCUCAUAUUUUUCUUCGUGAAGAGACUUAUUGGAAACAACAGGCUAAGCAACAUUGGUUAAAAGAUGGGGAUACGAAUACUAGGUUUUUCCAUGCUAUGGCUUUGGCUCGGCGAUAG